AGGGCGGGGUGGGCGGGGCUAUGGGCGAGGCCACGCCCACUUGCGCCCAGGCCACGCCCCCUCCGGGCUCGCCCGCUGCUUCCUGCGGGCACGGCCGGGACGGGGCGGCGGCGGAGUGCUGAGAAGCCUGGGGAUGCCGGUGCCCACCCUCAGCACAGGUCCAGCUCCUGGCAUGGAGGAGGAGGCAUCAAGUGAUGGCAAGGAGCCCUGGUUGGGCAACAGCAACAACAACGCAUCGCCGGUGGGAUGGCUGUGCCGGAGGGGAGAGGAGCCCUCCUAUCUACAGCGUGUGCUGCUGGAGAUCGUGGAGUCGGAGCGCACCUACGCCCGUGACCUGCGUGGCAUCGUGGAGGGUUACCUGGGGAAGAUCAUCGAUGCCCAAGAACCGCCGCUGCGGCCGGAGCAGGUCAGCGCGCUCUUUGGGAACAUUGAAGACAUCUAUGAGCUCAGCAGCAACCUGCUGCAGAGCUUGGAGAGCUGCGCCUGCGACCCAGUGGCUGUGGCUGUCUGCUUUGUGACACGGAGCCAAGAGUUCGACAUCUACACACAGUACUGCAACAACUACCCCAACUCAGUGGCGACAUUAAGCGAGUGCAUGAGGAGCAAACAGCAGGCACGGUUCUUCCGUGAGUGCCAGGAGGAGAUGCGGCAUGUGCUCCCAUUGGGUGCCUACCUGCUGAAGCCAGUGCAGAGGAUCCUCAAGUACCACCUGCUGCUCCAGGAGAUCGCUAAGCACUUUGAGCACAAGUCGGGCGAUGACUACGAGGUGGUGGUGGAGGCCAUUGACACCAUGACCUGUGUGGCCUGGUACAUCAACGACAUGAAGCGCAAGCACGAGCACGCCAUCCGACAGCAGGAGAUCCAGUCCUUGCUGCUGCAGUGGAAGGGCCCCGACCUCACCACCUAUGGAGAGCUGGUGCUGGAAGGCUCCUUCCGUGCGCAGCGUGCCCGCAGUGAACGUGCUGUCUUCCUCUUUGAUAAGCUGCUCCUCAUCACCAAGCGCCGUGGGGACCACUAUGUCUACAAGAGCCACAUCCCAUGCGCCUCUCUGAUGUUGAUUGAGAGCACACGGGACUCACUGUGCUUCAGCGUGGCACACUACAAGCACAUCAAGCAGCAGUACGCCCUGCAGGCUAAAAGCGCGGAGGAGAAGCGGGUCUGGACACACCACAUCAAGAGGCUCAUCCUGGAGAACCACCAUGCCAUUGUCCCACAGAAGGCCAAGGAGGCCAUCCUGGAGAUGGACCUGUUCUACCCCCCCCGCUUGCCCCGCUGCAGCCCUGAGCGCCUGCCACGGAGCCACUCCUGCCAACCCUUGGAGCCACCCCGCCAUGGCCGGCGCCAGUCUGAGCCCUUCCAGUGCCGUGACCGUGCCGAGACGCUGCCGGACCGGCUGCAGGGUCAUGUGGGGCGCAGGCAGUCGGAGCCCGCCAAGCAGAUCCUGCAGCAGCUGGGAGGGAUAAAGCAUGCAGGCAGUGAGGGGACGCUCCUGGAUGCUGGGGAGCCCCUCCAGCCCCCUAGGAGCUGGGCUGAGGGUGUCGUGGAGGAGGAAGAGGAGGAAGAAGAGGAGGAUUUGCACAAGGACAGCCAGGAGGAUGGAGUCAGGGACAAGAAUGGGGACAUGGCAGAGAAGCCUGAAGAAGAACAGGAGACGUUCAAGUGGCACCACGAGGCCACUGCCACCCCCGUGUCCCCUGUGUCCCCUCCGUGCCAUGGGGAGCAUGAGGGGCGGGUGACCCCCGCUCCCCCCUCUCCAUCGGGAUCCCUCCCACCAGCGGGGCUGCCUGACGAGGAGGAGCAGCACCUGGAGACAGGCACCGGGGAGGACCCACGGGCUCUGAGCAGUGAGGAGGAGGAAGAGGAAGAGGAGGAAGGCCAUGGGGAUGGCAGCAUCCUGCCCCUCUCCGUGCUGGACCAGGCCAGCGUCAUCGCUGAGCGCUUUGGCAGCAGCAUGUCGCGCCGUGGCAGUGUGGUGCUGGACGGACGCAGCGGUAGCGCCCUCAGCCUCGAUGGGGUGACCCCUCCUCAAGAAAGCAUGGGGUCCUGCAGCCCCCUGCCCUCCCCGGGCUCCCCCCAGAGCUGCCGGCGCCGCUCGCUGCUCUCCACGCAGGACCGGCUGCUGCUGCGUAAGAUCCGCAAUUACUACGAGCACGCGGAGCACCAGGACGCCAGCUUCAGCAUCCGGCGCCGUGAGAGCCUCUCCUACAUCCCCAAAGGACUGGUGAGGAACUCAGUGUCCAGGAUCAACAGCUGGCCUCCUCCGGAGCUGGGCAGCCCCAAAACACCCACGGAGCCGACGAGCCCCAAAGUCCUCCUGGAGCCAGGGAGCCCCAAAAGCUCCCCAGAACCGGUGAGCCCCAAAAUGUCACUGGAAGCAGCGAGCCCCCAAGUGUCGCCAGUGCCGGAUGGAGGAGCAUCACCUCCUGUGUGCCGAGAGAACGGGCUGCCCGAGCCUCCCGCAGAGCCUGCAGAGCCCACAGAGCCUCUGCUCAUCCUGGAGGAGGAGGAGGUGCCCCCCCCAGGGGUGCUGGCUCUGGGGGCUCCUCCCCGCCGUCUCACCAGCAGGGUAUACCAGUUGGCACGCCAGUACAGCCUGCGCAUCAAGAGCCGCCGCCGUGCCAUUGCUGCACCGGGGGAGGACAGUGCCAGUCACACGCCAGCACCAGGUGGGAUGCGAUGGGGGACCGCAGGCAUCAUCCCGCUGCCUCCAUCCUACUCUCACCCUGCUCCUUCCACCCCAGGUGUACCCAAGCUGCCAGUGUCACCCAGGGAUGGCAUCACCGUCCCAGCCCCACGCAGCCCACCCAGCCCCACUGGCACUACCGAAGCCUUCUCCUGGCCGGAUGUCCGGGAGCUGCGUGCCCGCUUUGGAGCCCCACGGCCCCCACCGGUGACACGCAGCCGCUCUGCACCUGAGGGGCCAGAGCGUGGGGGGAGACCAGCAGCCAAGGAGCAGCAGGGUGGGGGCCGCAGCCGCAGCGCCGAGGCGGGCACCGGGACCCCAAAUGUUCUGCGUGGCGAUGAGCGCCAGCAUGCUGCGGGGCUGUGGGUGACGGCACAGGCACCCCUGGGCCCCGGGGGGCAGCAGGUGCUGGUGUUGGAGCGGUUGCCCCCCGCUGUCGCUGCUGAGCCCCCAGCCUAUGUGCAGAUCCGCUCGCCCACCACCCGGGAGAAGAUCUGCCUGAAGGCAGUGGUGGAGCGCUGCAAGGCUUACCAGGCUUCUGAGGAGUACAGGCAGCGCUGUGCCCAUGGGCAGGCUGAGACCCCUGAGCCCCCCCGGCAUGGCCUCGUCAGGGACCUGCGGCAGAAAUUUCAGACCCUCGACACUGCUAGCUAGGGGGGGGGAGGGCAGCCAGGAAAUGGGGCACCCCAUGGAGCACCGGGAGAUGGGACAGUCUGUGGACCACUGGGAGAUGGAGCACCCCAUAGAUCACUGGAAGAUGGGACAUCCCAUGCAACACCAGGAGACUGAAGGCCCCUUGUACCACCAGGAGGUGGGACAUCUCAUGGACAACCCACCCCUCAGCUCACUCAGACCAAAGGGUACCCAGCUGAAGUUGCACCCCAUGGACCCCAUGGAGGGGCAUGCAAUGGAACCCAACUUGCUCAGGAGAUAGAACACCCUGUGGGCCACCUGGAAUUGGGACGUCCCUUGAGCACCAGGAACUGGGACACCCCACUGAACACCAGCAGCAGUAGGAUUCCAUGAACCUUUUUGUUCCCCAGGAUAAGGAGGACUAUCAGAAGAGGAAUCAUCCCAUAGACCGCAAAGACAUGAAAGAGCCUGUGCUCCCCUACCCUGCUCACAUUGCACAGCCCCAGGUCCACUUUGCUUUGACAUCUUUAUUACAAAAGAAAACCCAAACCAAACCCAAAGUUCUCCCUGCCCGCGCGCUCCCCCCAGAGACGAGUGGUGCCCCCCACCCACAGCAAGGGGCCAAGCGUUUGGGGAGGUCGUGCUCUUCGUGCUCUUUGGUUGGUGCCCAUGGGGCUGAGGGCACGCUGGUGGGGGGCUGGGGGGGGCUUAUGGCUUAGAAAAGAGGGUGGGGGGCCAGGAUGUGCCCACGUGGGGUGGAUGCACAUGCAUGCAUGCGGGGCCACGCGAGUGCAAACACACGCACGCAGGUGUGUUCCCCAGAUGGGGGGGAGGUGGGGGACGUGAGCACACAUGUGUGCGUAUCUAUGCGUGCGCCUCCGCCGAGGCGCGUGCAUGCCCUGAAGCAUGGAGAUGUGUGUGUAUAUAUAUAAAUAUAAAUAUCUAUAAAUAUA